AUGCAUGUUUAUACUGGUAAUGGAUUAUGCUCUAGAGGUUCUAUUUCUUUUGAUGAACUUCAAGUUUGUGUAGAAGGAUCCCGUGCAGACGAACUUUUGCUAUCAUACUCCGAGAGACAAUCAAAAAUGAAUCCUCCACUAGCAUUCGUACCAGAUAUACGAUUUAAUGGUGUUUAUGACGCGGAUUUGCAAAAUGCUGCCACCGCCGAUUUUGUUGCUACUAUUUGCGAAUUAUUAAAAGAUAAUAAACCCGAUGUUUGUGAAGCUAAAAGUGGAAACUUCUGA